GAGGGCAAUGGUGAUCCCUCCCAGAGCAGCACAGCCGAGUGUAGCGCUCGCAUCACAAGGUCACCCUAUCUCACCGCUGGCUCCUCUGCAUUGCCAGGAGAGGGUUGCUGGGUUUGUUCAAGGCUGGGGCGGGAGCAGGAGGGAGGGGGGGAAGAGAUCUGGAUUUUUUUCUCCCCUCCCUUAAGCAAAGCCACAAUGGAAACCAGGAAGGAGAUGGUGAUGUUUCUGGAGGGGACUACUCUUGGCGCUCUAGUUGGCAAGAGGGUGCCUAAUUUGUCCGAAGCAGUGGGGAGCCCCGCUGCGGAACCGCAGGAGAAGAUGAUCCAUCGGAACUGCAUCAGCCCCAGACCUGGCCCCUUGUCGUCCCGGGAGAGAGGAGGAGGUGGCGGAGAAGAAGACGAAGAGGAGGUGGAGGUGCUGCCAGGGACAGGGACGGUGCCGGAGAGCGAGAGCCGCUCGGCGGCGGCAGCACUGCUUUCGGCCGGACAGCAGCCCCCCGGAGCCCCGGAGCUCCCCUCCAGCAAAGGGCAGCAGAGCAGCUCGGACACCGAGUCGGAUUUCUAUGAGGAAAUCGAGGUGAGCUGCACCCCGGACUGCGCCACGGGGAGCGCCGAGUACCAGCACAGCAAAGGUACCCGCUCCGAGGCGCUGGCCGGCAGCCCCGGCGGCGGGGGGGAUCACCCCAAGGGCAGCGGAGGCAGCGGCGGCUCCCAGGGCUCGCUGGCCUGCAGCGCCAGCGAUCAGAUGCGCCGCUACCGCACCGCCUUCACCCGCGAGCAGAUCGCCCGGCUGGAGAAGGAGUUUUACCGGGAGAAUUACGUGUCCAGGCCCCGGAGAUGUGAGCUGGCGGCUGCUCUAAAUCUGCCAGAAACCACCAUCAAGGUUUGGUUCCAGAACCGCAGGAUGAAGGACAAGCGGCAGCGCCUGGCCAUGACCUGGCCUCACCCGGCCGACCCGGCGUUUUAUACGUACAUGAUGAGCCACGCGGCAGCCACCGGGAACCUGCCGUAUCCAUUCCCGUCCCACCUGCCCCUGCCCUACUACUCGCACAUGGGCAUCGGCGCCACAUCGGCCUCUGCCGCCACCCCCUUCAGUACUCCCCUGAGGCCUCUGGACACCUUCAGGGUCCUCUCCCACCCGUACCCGAGACCAGAACUGCUGUGCGCCUUCAGACAUCCCUCUCUGUACCCUGCCCCAACUCAUGGACUCAGCGGCGCCGGGGGCAACCCCUGCUCCUGCCUGGCAUGCCACAGCGGCCAGUCCAACGGGCUGGCGCAGAGACCCUCCGGAUCAGACUUUACCUGUUCGGCCACAACCAGGACUGACUCCUUUCUCACUUUCACGCCCUCUGUGCUGAGCAAAGCCACCUCAGUUUCCAUGGACCAGAGAGAAGAAGUACCUUUGACGAGAUAAACCUUUGUCUCAGGGUUAUUAAACACUCAUCCCUUUCCCGGACUUCUCUUCGAGUUAAUGUACCUACAGCCCAUGUUUAUUUAAUGGUGUUCUCUCCUCAGCCGUG